AUUUAUAGUUCAAAAUCUUAAAGCGGCAUUCUAAAAAAAACAGGGCUACUGAUUUUGUUGCAUAGUUUAAGUGAAAUAACUGACUUAACUAAAAUUACAUAUGUUUUGAUCUCAGGAAUACGUUUUGUCAAAAUAUUUCAAAUCAAAAAGAAAAUCAAAAUUUGUUUAAAAUGUCGUUAGUUUUUAGUGCUACUAUCUAUUUGUUUACCAUUUUAUUUUUUGGAAAUUUUUUAACGACUGACUGUAUAAAUAAUAAAUUGAUGCAACUAUUUAAGCGUGCCAACUUCACUGACUUGAUGAAGGGGCUAAGUGAUGCAGAAAUUGAAAUAGCUUUAAGUGAUUUAACAUAUACAGAUCUGGAUGUAUUAAGCCAACUUUUGGAUACAUCGAAUCCCAUUGAGGAUGAUAGUGAUGAUCGGAGAUCGCAAAACAAUUUAAGGCAAGAGAAAGAGACGCCAUCAUCAGGAAAUAUUCGAGAUGAUACAGUCAGCAAACCAGCUAAAAUAAAUGAAAUGAAUGGACCUCAUUUGUGGAACCAACGAUCAAAAAGAGAAUAUAAAAAUCACAAACAGUAUCUGCUUAAUGCAGAAUAUAUAAAAGAUUUGGAAAAUUCAUUUCCACAUUGUCAAGAUCAAAAUAAUAACGAAGAUAACGAAGAUAAGAAAGAACACAUUCGAGUUAAACGAAAUAAAAUUAAACAUAAAAUUAAAAAAAUAAAACUCUAAACAUUUAAGAAAAAAAAACAAGUAUUCUUUACUCUUACCU